AUUGCAGAAUAGCAAAUGGAUUAGCCACAGGAGCUGCUGGGAGUGUCAGGAAGAACGGUGAGCAGGCCCAACUCACCAUCCCAUCUCUAUAAAGCUCUAAGGAUUCCCAGGACUUAGAAUCCAGUUCAGGCCCUUGGCAGAUGGACACCAGUACCCCCUACUAACCAGCAGUAUGGAGACCAUGCCUUUAAACUCUCAGAAGGAGCUAUCAGCAUGUAAGGAUGGAGAAGAUUGUCAGGAAAAUGGAGUUCUACAGAAAGGUGUCCCUGCCCCAGGGGAUAAAGCAGAGCCUGGUCAAAUCUCCAAUGGGUUCUCAGCGGUUCCGAGCCCUGGUGCAGGAGACGACACCCAGCACUCCACCCCAGUAGCCACCACUGCCCUAGUGGCUGAGAUUCAUGGGGGGGAACGGGAGACCUGGGGCAAGAAGAUGGAUUUCCUGCUCUCGGUCAUUGGCUAUGCUGUGGAUCUGGGCAACGUUUGGCGCUUUCCCUACAUAUGUUACCAGAAUGGAGGAGGGGCAUUCCUCCUCCCCUACACCCUUAUGGCCAUAUUUGGAGGGAUCCCGCUCUUCUACAUGGAGCUUGCCCUGGGCCAGUACCACAGAAACGGAUGCAUUUCAAUAUGGAGGAAAAUCUGUCCUAUUUUCAAAGGAAUCGGUUAUGCCAUCUGCAUCAUUGCCUUCUACAUCGCCUCCUACUACAACACUAUCAUGGCCUGGGCGCUCUACUACCUCAUCUCCUCCUUCACGGACCAGCUGCCCUGGACCAGCUGCAAGAACUCCUGGAACACUGGCAACUGCACCAACUACUUCUUUGAGAACAACAUUACCUGGAGUCUCUACUCCACGUCCCCGGCUGAAGAGUUUUACACACGUCAUGUCCUGCAGAUCCACCGCUCUAAGGGACUCCAGGAUCUGGGGGGCAUCAGCUGGCAGCUUGCCCUCUGCAUCAUGCUGAUCUUCACUGUUAUCUACUUCAGCAUCUGGAAAGGCGUCAAAACAUCUGGCAAGGUGGUAUGGGUGACGGCUACGUUCCCUUACAUCAUCCUCUCUGUCCUGCUGGUGCGGGGAGCCACCCUCCCUGGAGCCUGGAGGGGUGUUCUCUUCUACCUGAAACCUAACUGGCAGAAGCUCCUGGAGACAGGGGUGUGGGUGGAUGCUGCUGCUCAGAUCUUCUUCUCUCUUGGCCCUGGUUUUGGGGUCCUACUGGCUUUUGCUAGCUACAACAAAUUCAACAACAACUGCUAUCAAGAUGCUCUGGUGACCAGUGUGGUGAACUGCAUGACGAGCUUUCUGUCGGGAUUUGUGAUUUUCACGGUGCUGGGGUACAUGGCAGAGAUGAGGAACGAAGACGUGUCAGAGGUAGCCAAAGAUGCAGGUCCCAGCCUCCUCUUCAUCACAUAUGCAGAAGCCAUAGCCAACAUGCCAGCAUCCACAUUCUUUGCCAUCAUCUUCUUCCUGAUGUUAAUCACCCUGGGCUUGGACAGCACGUUUGCAGGCUUGGAGGGGGUGAUCACAGCUGUGCUGGAUGAGUUUCCCCACAUCUGGGCCAAGCGUCGAGAGUGGUGUGUGCUUGGGGUGGUUAUCACCUGCUUUUUCGGAUCCCUGGUCACCCUGACUUUUGGAGGGGCCUAUGUGGUGAAGUUGCUGGAGGAAUAUGCCACGGGGCCUGCAGUCCUCACUGUCGUGCUUAUUGAAGCAGUUGCUGUGUCUUGGUUCUACGGAAUCACUCAGUUCUGCAGUGACGUGAAAGAAAUGCUUGGCUUCAGCCCUGGAUGGUUUUGGAGGAUCUGCUGGGUGGCCAUCAGCCCUGUGUUUCUCCUGUUCAUCAUUUGCAGUUUUUUGAUGAGCCCCCCACAGCUACGGCUCUUCCAAUAUAAUUACCCUCAUUGGAGUAUCAUCUUGGGUUACUGCAUAGGAACCUCAUCUUUCAUCUGCAUCCCUGUGUAUAUAACGUAUCGGCUGAUCACCACUCCAGGGACCUUUAAGGAGCGUAUUAUUAAAAGCAUCACUCCAGAAACACCAACAGAAAUUCCCCAUGGGGACAUCUGCUUGAAUGCUGUGUAACACACUUCUUUGUGAGGAACAUGGCUUCCCAAUAACCUCUUCCUCCAAUCCUGACCUUGUCACACCUCGCCUUCUCCCCUCUAAGUGAAUGAGUUUCCAGCUAAGCCUGACAACGGCAGGGUCUCCUUCAUAGAGACUCAGCUCCAAAAGACUACGGUGCCCAGACUCUCAUGGCUUCCAGCCGCUUCUUUCCAUGAAAUCUCCUGGACAUAUGACCACGUUGGACUCUAUCUGUGAUGCAGCUGAACUGCCUCAUUUUGGACGUGUGAGGGUGUGAUGGGCAGUUGAUGAUAAGCGUCCUAUCAUCUGUUAGGAUUAGGAUUAGAGUCAAGUCUGUGAAAAUCUCCUGUCUCAUUACUUGGUGUGAUCAUUGGUAUCUGACAUCUGUUGGCUUCUAAAGGUUUCACUGCUCAUGAAUGCAUAAACCACAUAGGAGAAAACAGGGAUGCUGUCUUGCUAGCAAUCUGUUUUUUGAGUAGCAUAGAAUUCUGUCGCUGGAAUCUACUAGAACCCUUUCUACCCGUGUGCUGCUGUGGAGUCAAGAGUGGAAGAUACUCGUUUAAGAAGCUAA